ACCGCUCUGGCUUUCGCCCAGAGGCAGACGCUCCGCCGCGCCUUCAGAGGAUCACCAGCGGCCCCAUGCCCGGCGGCAUACCAAGCGGCCUGGCCAGGGCGCCGGCGGCUGCCGAGCCCUCCCGCGCGGCCCCCAGCGCCGCCGCCGUGGUUCCCCCGCCCGCCGAUCCCGCAGGCCGUGUGCAGCAGCCGCGCCCCGAGGUCGUGGCGCACCCGCCUGCGAGCACGCCUAGGCGCGCGGCGCCCGCUGUGCGGUCUGCCGAGGACGAGACGCCGCCGCACCUGCUCCAGGCGGCGAAGGUCCCCCCGGCCGCGAGGCUGAAGAUCCUGCGGAAGCAGCCGCAGCCGGCCACGAAGCCAGCCGCGCCCGCGCCCGCUCCGCCGAGCGUGCUGGACCCCUCCGCGCCGCCGCCCCGCGCGGAGCCGGUCGAGGAGCGGAGGCCGCAGGCUCGGCGUCCUCGGGUCGUGAGGCCCGUGGUGCACAGGAGAAGCAGCCGGAUCGGGCCGCCAAGAAUCGGCAGCCGGUGCCUGCGGCAAGCUUGUCAUUCUUGA